CAAAGUGACAACAGACAACAACGAAGUGCACAGCGCGCAGGAUAAUCGCAGGCGGAUUACAUAAAUACGCGUGGGCGUGGGCGUGGCAGCAGCAACAACAAAUAGCAGAAGAAGAAGAAGAACAACAACAGCUGUAAUGUGCCAUUGCCAGUUGUUGCAUUCCACAUUUCGCAUCAUUCGAUCAUCAAUUUCAAUAUCAUCAACAUCAUCAGCCUUAACAAUAUGCGCAACGCGUCCAGAGCGACGCCAGUAGCGACGCCGCAGUCGCAGGAGUCGGAGCAGAAGCAGAAGCAGCAGCAGCAGCUGCCGGAGCAAACGGAUCACAUAAUAACCAUCAGCACCGCCAGCCUAUCGGAGCAGCUGCAGGAGCCGCCCCUCAAGCACUAUACACAAGCAGCAACAACAACUGGAGCUGGAACUGGAACUGGAACUGGAACUGGAGCAGCAACUGGAACUGGAAGUGGAAUUGGAAGUGGAGCAAGUGCAGCAGCGAUUGCCAUUGCCAGUGGCUCAUCGCAUUCGGCCCCGGCUGCAGCCGCUUCCUUGUGCCGGCUCAGUCAGCUGGUGAGCUAUCAGAAUAAUAUUGCCGACGUGCAGCAUAGGCGUGGCCGACGCCUGCAUGGACUCCAGUUGCCGUUGCAUCCGCUGCAGUUAUUUGGCUGGCUGGUCUUGUUGCUGUUCGGCUUGGCCAGCUAUUGGGUGCUGAUACCCGCCUUUCAUGCGCCCAUCCAGGGUCCACUCUACGGUCUAAUCUCCGGCUUAUAUGUGGUGCACAUUGCCGCCCAUUUGACGGCGCUGCUCACCGAUCCGGCGGACAAGGAGCUGCGUCGCGUGCAUCGUAACGAUCGCAUUGUGCCCGAAUUUGAUCGCAGCAAACACGGACACGUCAUCGAGAACGGACGCUGUCAUCUGUGCAACAUACGGACAACGACGCCGCGGACCAAGCACUGCUCCGUGUGCAACAAGUGCGUCGGCAAAUUUGAUCAUCAUUGCAAGUGGCUGAAUCACUGCAUCGGUUCCCGCAACUAUGUCGCAUUCCUAAUGUGCGUUGUCAGCGCUGUCGUGGCCACCUUGGUCAUUGUGGCCGCCGUGAUUGGCCAGAUUGUGCUCUACUAUGUGCAGCCCGAUUGGUUGAGCUUCUACUGGUGCAACAGCCGGCUGGACACAACGCUGGAGUCCACGGACUAUAUCAACUUGACGCUCAGCUUGAGCAAUGGCAGCAUGCUGCUGCUGGAGCAGGAACAGGACCAGGAUCAGCAGCAGCCGCAGCAGCAGCAGCUGGAAGAUGAGCAGCUGCAACUGGAAAAUCUGACUACGGUGUCCACAUUGCUGCAGAACUUCACGGCGCUGCUGGAGCAGAGCACGACCGGGCCGCAGUUGAAUCGUACGGUGACGCCCCUGGUCGCCGGGAUUGGUCUCCAUGAGACCAUCUACUUGCUGCUGCUGGGCGUGCUCGGCCUGCUGGCGGCGAUCAGUGCCGGGCUGCUGCUCCAUUUGUGCUUCUUUCACAUCUACAUCUCGUUUUUGGGCCUGACCACGUACGAGUACAUCAGGAAUCAUCGACAGGCACAAGAGGCCAGGGCCAAACAGCUGCUGGAGCAGGGCAAAAACGGCGUCCACUUCAAUCCCAAUCUGCCCACAGUUAAUCAUCCGUCCAAGCUGGCUGCCGCCGGCACAGCCCAGCUCUACUGCUGCUCCAAUGUGCCGCAUCCCAAUCAGAGGCAACAGCAGCAGCUGCAGCCGGACACAGCUGCUGAUGCACAGCGUCUGCACUGCUGCGCCAGCUCCCGGGAAUACCAUCAGACACGCCAGGCCAUCUACAUGUGCUCGCUGCUCCAGGAGCGCAGCAGCAGCAGCGAGCGCAGCCUGCAACUGGAUGUGGAUGCGGCGCCGUUGCGUUCCUUUCACUGCUGCUCCAGCUAUGCGGCCGGUUCGAUGCAGCGACGCGUCAGCGCCGCGGCCAGCGUCAAGGCGGCCCUGGAUCCGGCCACGGUGCGCCAGCAGCGGGCCCAGAGAUCGGCCGGCUAUCUGCAAUAUACGGAGCAGUGCACUUUGUGCACCUUUCGGCUGCGCAGUCCGUUGCGCGGCAGCGGCAGCGCGGGGGGCAGCAGCAGCACUCGUACGCUGGCCAGCCAAACGGCCACGCCCACAUCGAGCGCCUCAGCAGCGGGCAACAUAUCGAAGCACCAGCGCUGGCGCCGGAAAUGGAACUGCUGCGCCAGCGUGCCCGACAGCCCGGAUGUGCCCAACGAUUUGCUAGCGGCGCUCAGCUAUCGCGAGCACGCCAAAAUGAAUGCCAGCGAGCUGCCCGUCCAGUUCAUACGCAGCUUGAACGGCGGUCUGGAGCUGCCACAAGCUGGAGUCGCCGCCGCCGUCAAUCCGGAGCUGCCGCUGAAGGCGCCGCGCAGCUCCCGGCUGCGGCACAUGCUGCGCCUGCUUGGACGCUACAGGCGGGCGCGCUGUCAACGCGGCGCUGCCGGCGCCGGCAAUCAGGGCGUGGCCGCGGCGGAGCAGCAUGUGGCCGCCAUCAAACAGAACCAGAUACGUCCGCUGCAGCUGCAGCCGGGCCGCGGCUACGCGUCCAAUGCGUCCAGCACAACAACAACAGCGACACCGCCGCCGCCGCCGACCAUCAGCUCGCCCAGCCGCAGCGGCAGCAGCAGCGAGCUGAGCAGCGAACUGAGCAGCGAGCCGUGCACCGGCAGCCAGGAGCUGAUGCUGCUGCCCACCAGCGUGAUACGGGAGGACUACGUGACCACCAGCUAUACGUUGACGCUGCCGCCCGCCUUGCCGCCGCCCACGCGCCGCAAAAUGCCCAACGCCAGCGAACUGGCCGAGCUGGCCGAGACGCUCGGCUUUGUGACCAGCCAUGGACAGUCCACGUCGCCGUCGCCGUCGCCGGCACAGUGCGCCAGCCGGCAGCUGCCCGGCCUGGGCAAUGUGUAUAGACGGCAACGUCGCAAGCAUUUUCUGCGCACACGCUCGCCCACAUUGUCGCCGAUACACGAAUCCGGACUCUCGAAUCCGACGUCGCCGCAGCCAUUGCGCCACAGCCUGGCGGCGGUCAGUGCCAGCUCCAUUGCCAGCUCCAACAAUGCCAAAUGCUCGCCCAUUGUGGCGCGCUCCACGGCAACGCUCGUCCAGAAUCUAUGCGGCCUUGCCGGCGGCAAUGAGUCGCUGCCCAAAACGGCAUCCAACAGUUCGCUGCAGAGCAUCAGCUCCAAUUCGAGCAGCAACUAAGAGCAGGAAGGAUUUCCAGAGCGAGAGAGAGGGGGAGAGAGAAAAAGAAGAGGCAUUGUGGACAGUUCCUUGCAUGGUUUCUGCCUAGUCUAUAGAUUAGUUAUAGUCGCCGUUUUUCGCCCAGUCCAGUUCAGUUGAGAGUUGAGGAUUGAGAGGUUGUGCUUAGACUUGGGGCG